AUGUCAGCGAAUACACCCAAGCCGAAGAAGAACGUCUCCAGCGAGCCGAGGACAGCUCAUCAGAAGAAGCGAAGAAGUCGUGAGGAGGAGAAAUCGACGCCCUGCUAUAUUUCCAACGACGGAUAUCUGUGGACAGACAUAAAUCCAGACUUGGCUCUGAUUGAGCCAAGAAUUCUCGUCUCGGUCAAUUUUAAUUAUUUGGCUUUUUCGAGAAAACAAGAAAGACCCUCGGAAUCUCGAUCCCUGGCACUUAUCAAUCAUGGUGACUACCCGGUGGCAUUCAAAAUUGAAACCACUGAUAACUACUCCUAUUUUGUGGAUCGUCGGAACGGAAUCAUCCCACCCCGUCAGACAGUGGUGAAUGCGGCAGUUCGAAUGCCAAACAUUGUGACUAUUGAGGUCUACCACCGUCCACACAACGAAUACCUAGAAGAAGACAAGCAACAUUUCUAUAACCGACCCCGAAAAGAUAAGCUCUUUAUUCUCCUAGCACCGCAAAUGUGCCAAACUUUCGCGCCCGAAGCAAUUUUCCACAACGAGAGAAGUUAUGAAAAGCUGAGAGUGAUGUUGAUGUAUUCUGGAGUUGAGGAGAAGCCAGGAGAGAAGCUUCUGUUGGGUGGUGUCGUUGGAUGGUGCACAUGGAAAGAGGAUAAUGGGGCGAGGAAGGAGAAGAAUGAUAGGCAGAUUGCGGAGUUUCGGAAAAUCGAGAAGACUAUUAUUCAGAAUGCUUCAAAGGAACAAUGUGAGGACAAUCCAAGAAUGACGUCAAUUCAUCGAAAAUCCCCAGCAAUUUUCCGUUCGAAAACCCCGGUUCUAGCUGGUCCAGCAGGCCAAAGACGUCCCGGAAUGUCGAAACAAUUCAGAAGUCCCAAAAAGUUGUCCAACGAAGGAGCAGCUACUCCAGUGGCUCGUACAGCUGCUAGUCCCUUCAAGACAUCCUUGGAGAAUCAAAAAACACCUGCUAAUCAGAAGAAGAUGUCUGGAGAAACGGAGAGAAAAUCCCAGGAAGCCCCAGUCCCAGCAGCAUCACCAAAUCACAAGGAAUCUUUGGAAAAUUGGGCCACAUCUUCAAAACCAGAUGCUAACUCGCAAUAA